AUGUCACUCCUAAAGAGCCACAUGGGUCUUGGAUCCGAGGCCCCUGCUGAGGAGACUAAUUCCGCGGCCCUGCCAGCAUCCUGGUACACCUCGCCGGAAAUGUACGAGCUCGAGAGGCGGGCAAUCUUCUCCAAGAAGUGGCUCCUCACCACGCACAAGCUCAGACUCGUGGAGUCAGGGGACUGGCUGCGAUAUGAGGUGGCCGGCUUUGAAUUUGUCAUCACCAAGGACCGCACCGGAGCCAUCAACGCAUUCCACAACGUCUGCAGACACCGGGCCUUCCCCAUUGUCACCGAGGAGAAGGGCCACAACAGCGUCCUGUCUUGCAAAUACCACGGGUGGUCGUACGGCCUCAACGGCAAGCUCGCCAAGGCCCCGGGAUAUCAAGAUCUCGCUGGAUUCGACAAGGCCGCCAACAGCCUUCUGCCGCUCCAUGUCCACGUUGACAAGAAUGGAUUCAUCUGGGUGAACCUGGACGCCGGUGCGAAGCCGGAAGUUGCCUGGUCCGACGCCUUUGACGGCGCCGAGCAGCAAAAGCGGCUCGCUGCCUACGACUUUGAGAACUACCAGUUCGACCACACCUGGGAGUUGGAGGGAGAGCACAACUGGAAAGUCCUGGCCGACAACUACAACGAGUGCUAUCACUGCAAGACGGCCGGUCCUGAUGUUCCCGGCGUUGCGGACCUCAGCUCCUCCGACGUCGACACCACGGGCGGCCACAUCCAGCACCUUGGCAACCCUACGCCAGAGCAAAUCGAGCGUGGCUUUUCGGUUACCAGCACCUCCUAUUUCCCCAAUGCCUCCAUGAACAUCAGCCCACACUUUUUCGUCUUGCAGAAAUCCGUGCCAUCCGGCCCCGGCAAGUCAAGCAUGAAGUACGAGGUCUACAGGAACAAGAACUCCAGUGGCGAGGACUUCCAAGUAAUCAACGACAUCUACAAGAAGGUCGCGUCAGAGCUAGGGCUAGGGUUGUACCUUUGCACCAAUGAGCAGAAGAAGCCCAAUGCCGGCGUCUUCAUCAACGGCGAGACGCAGCCCGCGUUCCAGAACUCGGUGCGCGACCUCAUCCAGGCCCACUACAAGCGGGAGGUGGACGCUGACCGCGAGAUCUGGCCUGCUCGCCAGGUCCUCCCGGAGUCUGCCACCGCCACCGAGAAGGACAUCGGGUUCUGCUCAAACGUGGAUUGCUGCAGAAUCAAAAAGGAGACGGCCGCUUUCUGA